AAAGUCAAGCUAGAGCUAAACGUUAGCUAACAACUUGCAACAAUUUAACAGCCUGUAGACUGAAUUCAUAAGUACAACUUCAUAUUUCUGUGGUUUCAGACUGUUGUUUAUAAACUGUAACUAACACAAGCAUCUUUAUUUAACUAUACUUGACUCUUACUGUCAUGUCCACCAAGGGCUAACUAGAUACUGAUACUGAAAGGUGGAGCUGUGUGCAACAGACACAAUAAAGAUUAUCACAUACAAUAAUAUCAGCAUGGUGUGCAUUGAUAUGAACUGAUAUCUGUACAAAAAGUAGUAACUGAUCUUUUCAGUCAAUAUAUUUGACCUUGUGCUUUGGAAAUGCUUAUUUUUAACUUUUGUACGACUGAUAAUAAUACUUAGUUGCUGCCCUACUUUCAGUGUUUACAAGUAGUUCAGACUUGUGUUAAAAUGCAAUUUUCCUUGGCUUGAAGACUGUGUGUCUCAUCUCUUCCUGUAAAUCAUAUUAAGCAGUAGCCGAGAGCACAGGGAUGAAGGAUAUACCUUCCAGGGACUGUGCGUACACAGCCUGCAAAGAAAAACGCAAGCAAUGAAAGCGAUGCAGCAGCUGCAGGAGGCAGCGGAGUCAGCACUCAGAGCAGCAGAGCUUUCAUUAGUGGGAAAAUGUACAUCUACACUCGAGUUGCCUGCCUGAGCCUUAGCCUGCAGGCUUUGCUCCAUGUAAAAGUUUCUUGUUUUGACUCCACAGUUACUUCUGUUAGUUCAUUAAGUCGUGGGAUCCAUGUGGGGUGUACUUCCUUCAGUUCAGGGUAGAUCGCUGGUAGAUCGUUUCUGUUCCAGCAGUGUGGAUCUAUCUGGAUGUUGAGUGUGCGGACUUUGUUUGGGAUCGGCUUCCUGGUGACCUCAAGGGCCACGGCAGUCCUCGCUCAGACAGGGACAUGUCCGCUGUCUGCCGCAGCUAACAACCACAAGAAGGACCGUUUCAGUAGCAGACCAGCGUCCACCAUGGCCCAGACCAUCAAAUAUCUCGGGCAGGAGGAGGCGCAGCACAUUGACGAGGAGCUCUUCAGUGAGUACGGCUUCAGUGUGGAUCAGCUGAUGGAGCUGGCUGGACUCAGCUGUGCCACAGCCGUGGCCAGGGCGUAUCCAGUAACUUCCCUCGUGAAGGCCAGACCUUCUCUGCUGGUGAUCUGUGGACCAGGUAACAACGGCGGCGACGGCCUGGUCUGUGCCCGACAUCUUAAACUCUUUGGUUACGAGCCCACAGUCCUGUACCCGAAGAGGCCAAACAAACCUCUGUUCCAGGGCCUGACCACACAGUGCCAGAAGAUGGAGAUCCCCUUCCUGACUGAGAUGCCCGAGGCUAAAGUGAUCGACGAGGCCUACAACCUGGUGAUAGACGCCAUCUUCGGCUUCAGCUUUAAGGGGGCUGUGCGAGAGCCUUUUGGUUCCAUCCUCCACGUGCUGAAGAAGAUGACAACCCCCAUAGCCAGCAUCGACAUCCCCUCAGGUUGGGAUGUGGAGCAGGGCAGUGCAGAUGGACUGCAGCCCGACAUGCUCAUCUCUCUGACUGCUCCCAAGAAGGCUGCCUCCUUGUUCAGGGGACGUUACCACUUCCUGGGGGGCCGGUUUGUGCCGCCGGGCCUAGAGAGGAAGUACCAGCUCAACCUGCCUCAGUACCCCGGCCUGGACUGUGUGCUACAGCUGUAGGAGUACUGAAGUUCAAUGAGAGGAAGGGUUUCGUCUUCAGAGGAAAAGUUCCUUCUAUAAACCUUUUUUCUGAUUUUAAAAGUUUUUUUGAGAACUUAUUUGAGAAAUCAAAUAAGCGUAUUUCCAUAAAUGAUAGUUCCUAUUAAAUCUGGGAAUUUGAUCGGUUCUCAUCGAGUGGCGGCUGUAAAUCCAAUAAAGUGUAAUAAAAGUGCUUUAUUAGAUUUCUUUAACGUUGCUUCAGCUACAUGAAAAUAAACAAAGACUAUUCCAA